CCCCCCCCCCCCCCCCCCCCCCCCCCCCCCCCCCCCCCCCCCCCCCCCCCCCAACCCCCCCCCCCCCCCCCCCCCCCCCCCCCCCCCCCCCCCCCCCCCCCCCCCCCCCCCCCCCCCCCCCCCCCCCCCCCCCCCCCCCCCCCCCCCCCCCCCCCCCCCCCCCCCCCCCCCCCCCCCCCCCCCCCCCCCCCCCCCCCCCCCCCCCCCCCCCCCCCCCCCCCCCCCCCCCCCCCCCCCCCCCCCCCCCCCCCCCCCCCCCCCCCCCCCCCCCCCCCCCCCCCCCCCCCCCCCCCCCCCCCCCCCCCCCCCCCCCCCCCCCCCCCCCCCCCCCCCCCCCCCCCCCCCCCCCCCCCCCCCCCCCCCCCCCCCCCCCCCCCCCCCCCCCCCCCCCCCCCCCCCCCCCCCCCCCCCCCCCCCCCCCCCCCCCCCCCCCCCCCCCCCCCCCCCCCCCCCCCCCCCCCCCCCCCCCCCCCCCCCCCCCCCCCCCCCCCCCCCCCCCCCCCCCCCCCCCCCCCCCCCCCCCCCCCCCCCCCCCCCCCCCCCCCCCCCCCCCCCCCCCCCCCCCCCCCCCCCCCCCCCCCCCCCCCCCCCCCCCCCCCCCCCCCCCCCCCCCCCCCCCCCCCCCCCCCCCCCCCCCCUCCCCCACCCCCCCCCCCCCCCCCCCCCCCCCCCCCCCCCCCCCCCCCCCCCCCCCCCCCCCCCCCCCCCCCCCCCCCCCCCCCCCCCCCCCCCCCCCCCCCCCCCCCCCCCCCCCCCCCCCCCCCCCCCCCCCCCCCCCCCCCCCCCCCCCCCCCCCCCCCCCCCCCCCCCCCCCCCCCCCCCCCCCCCCCCCCCCCCCCCCCCCCCCCCCCCCCCCCCCCCCCCCCCCCCCCCCCCCCCCCCCCCCCCCCCCCCCCCCCCCCCCCCCCCCCCCCCCCCCCCCCCCCCCCCCCCCCCCCCCCCCCCCCCCCCCCCCCCCCCCCCCCCCCCCCCCCCCCCCCCCCCCCCCCCCCCCCCCCCCCCCCCCCCCCCCCCCCCCCCCCCCCCCCCCCCCCCCCCCCCCCCCCCCCCCCCCCCCCCCCCCCCCCCCCCCCCCCCCCCUCCCCCCCCCCCCCCCCACCCCCCCCCCCCCCCCCCCCCCCCCCCCCCCCCCCCCCCCCCCCCCCCCCCCCCCCCCCCCCCCCCCCCCCCCCCCCCCCCCCCCCCCCCCCCCCCCCCCCCCCCCCCCCCCCCCCCCCCCCCCCCCCCCCCCCCCCCCCCCCCCCCCCCCCCCCCCCCCCCCCCCCCCCCCCCCCCCCCCCCCCCCCCCCCCCCCCCCCCCCCCCCCCCCCCCCCCCCCCCCCCCCCCCCCCCCCCCCCCCCCCCCCCCCCCCCCCCCCCCCCCCCCCCCCCCCCCCCCCCCCCCCCCCCCCCCCCCCCCCCCCCCCCCCCCCCCCCCCCCCCCCCCCCCCCCCCCCCCCACCCCCCCCCCCCCCCCCCCCCCCCCCCCCCCCCCCCCACCCCCCCCCCCCCCCCCCCGAGAAGAACAACAUGAAGGGAUUAUGA